CGUUCUGCGCAUACCAAACUCGAGAAUUUAAUUUUAUCGAAGGCAUCCCUCAGCCAGUGACACAGCACAAGCAAAAACACACGAUCCAUCGCAAAAUCAGCCGACUUUUACGCUAAUUUGGCCCUGCGGUUUAAUUUAAACUGGGGAAAAUGGCCCCUCCGACAGUCCAGGAUGUAGAAAUGAAAGACGCAGACAGUCCUGCAGAGGUUGAUCCCGCCGAACAGAAGAAGGACUCUGAUUUGGCCGCGAUCGAAGAAAUUCGUGAGCAUGCCAGGCAGAUUGAAAAGGCUGUGCACAACAAGGAGCAGAGGUUUAUCCUCCGGGUGCUCAGGUCACUUCCAAACACCAGGCGCAGGUUGAACGGCAACGUCCUCAGAAAACUCAUCAACGGCUACUUCACUCACUCUGCUCAGGAGAGAGAUGCACUUUUGGCUUAUGUAGAAGAAAGUUCUGAAAGUGACACACCGACAACUGUGAGGAUGCGCAGCUCGAAAACGUCCAGCACACCUUUGCUGACUGAAGUCGAUACUUACAUCCACUUGCUCGUACUGAUCAGACUGCUUGACACAAAGAGGAAUGAUGAGGCCGUCCAAUGUUCUUGCCUCCUCAUGAACAAAAUCGCAUCACAAAACAGGCGGACCAUCGACCUAAUUGCUGCCAAGUGCUACUAUUACCACAGCCGUGCUUACGAACUCACCAACCAGCUAAACCAAAUCAGAGGAUUUCUCCAUUCUCGCCUGCGAACUGCAACUCUUCGCAACGACUUUGAAGGCCAGGCUGUGUUGAUCAACUGCUUGUUGCGCAACUACUUGAACUACCACCUCUACGAUCAGGCAGACAAACUUGUGUCCAAGUCUGUCUUUCCUGAAUUGGCAAGCAACAAUGAGUGGGCCCGACACUUUUACUAUCUUGGCAGAAUCAAGGCCAUCCAGCUUGAGUACUCGGCUGCUCACAAGCACCUUCUGCAGGCCAUAAGGAAGGCUCCACAGCACACUGCUGUUGGAUUCAAGCAAACUGUGCAAAAACUAGCCGUCACUGUAGAGCUGCUGCUUGGUGACAUUCCUGAACGUCAAAUCUUCAGGCAUAGCUCAAUGAGAAGAGCUCUAAUUCCCUAUUUCCAACUUACACAAGCUGUUCGUCUGGGUGACCUCAAGCGUUUUGAGGACGGACUCAAAAACUAUGGAUCACUUUUCCAACGGGAUCACACUUACACCCUGAUCCUUCGCCUCCGGCACAACGUCAUCAAGACUGCAGUCAGGGCCAUUGGCCUCUCAUACUCUCGCAUCUCUCUUGUGGACAUCACUAAGAAACUGAUGCUUGAGUCACCAGAGGAGGCAGAGUUUAUCAUCGCAAAGGCUAUCAGAGACGGAGUGAUUGAGGCAAGCUUGGACCAUGAAAAGGGCUACAUGCGCUCCAAGGAGACGUCCGACGUGUACUGCACAAGGGAGCCGCAACUUGCCUUCCACCAACGCAUUGCCUUCUGCCUCAACAUCCACAACCAGAGCGUCAAGGCCAUGCGGUACCCGCCAAAGGCCUACAAUAAAGAUCUGGAGUCGGCAGAGGAGAGGAGAGAACGAGAGCAGCAGGACAUGGAGCUGGCAAAAGAAAUGGCUGAAGAGGAUGAAGACGGAUUCCCUUGAGCAGUCUGUACACUGUAUUUCUUUAUUAUUAUAAUUCAUGAGAAGUAAUUAAUUAAAUUACAUAAGUAAAUGCUAUGGUUUUUGAAAAUGAA